UGUUUAUAUUCACAACAUAUUUUAGUCUGAUUUUAGCUUAUAUUCGUAACUUUGGAUAUAUGUAAUUUUUUUAGUCGAAUUCUAUUUAUCUUUGAACCUUAAUCUAUCCAAAAUUUCGAUAAAUCCUCAGCCCUAUUUUUUCAAAUUAUUCUAAUUUAACUAAAAGACUUUUGCUUAAAAAUUUUGCAAUAUUCUUUCUAUUAGAGUCCUUCCUCUAUCAUAGGAUUUUUACAGCUGUCACCGCCUUCCUUCUUUCAUCCAACGUCUCCAGUCCUUUCUGUGCUGACAUUCUCCAUCUCGUCUUUUCUUUUAGAUAUAUAUUUUUGUCUUUUUGUUUCUGUUCUGACAACAGCAUUUCCUGUCUUUAUUUUUUAAGUGCUUGAAUUACUUCGGAGGGAAUGAAGUUGCAUGAAGUCUUGCAUUGCAGAGUCUUAAUUUCUCGAUUUUUUUGUUUAUAUUCACAACAUAUUUUAGUCUGAUUUUAGCUUAUAUUCGUAACUUUGGAUAUAUGUAAUUUUUUUAGUCGAAUUCUAUUUAUCUUUGAACCUUAAUCUAUCCAAAAUUUCGAUAAAUCCUCAGCCCUAUUUUUUCAAAUUAUUCUAAUUUAACUAAAAGACUUUUGCUUAAAAAUUUUGCAAUAUUCUUUCUAUUAGAGUCCUUCCUCUAUCAUAGGAUUUUUACAGCUGUCACCGCCUUCCUUCUUUCAUCCAACGUCUCCAGUCCUUUCUGUGCUGACAUUCUCCAUCUCUUCUUUUCUUUUAGAUAUAUAUUUUUGUCUUUUUGUUUCUGUUCUGACUCAACAGCAUUUCCUGUCUUUAUUUUUGAAGUGCUUGAACCACUUCGGAGGGAAUGGAGUUGCCUAUAGCAAAAAAUAAAAGUCGUCUGUUGUUUUGUUUCUGUUGUAUCUAGAGCCUUCUAGAGUUGCAGCAGAUUAAAAUCCUAUAUUUUAGUUUUUAGUAUUUCUCUUAGAACUUUUUUGUUCUUUUUCUUCUGUUUUGUCCAGUGUCCCCAUAGCGUUGCAGCAGAUUAGAAUUUUUAGUAUUUUAUUCAUACAUAUUAGUUCUAUCUUUGCUUACAUUCGUAACUUAUGUAUGUGUAAUUUUCUCGAUCGAAUUACUCUAACUAAACUAAAAGACUUUUGCUUUGAAUUUUUUAUUAGAGACCCUUCGUUUGGAUAUAUAUGUUUUGUGUCGGUUCUAUUCAGAGUCUCGUAGCGUUGCUUCAAAUCUCGCAAUAUUUUUUCUAUUUUUAUCGAUUUUUUUCGAAGAGUCAAGUUGUUUAUAGCAAGUUGUUAUUGUUUUAGGCGGAUUUAGCAAAAAAUAAGCAAGGUUUCAUCCAUUGCAGUGGAAACGAACAUCCAGCAGCCAAGUUCGAAAUCGUUGAAACUUAGAAUAAAAAAGAGGGUGGAUUUAGCAAGAAAUAAGCAAGGUUUCAUCCAUUGCAGUGGAAACGAACAUCCAGCAACCAAAUUCAAAAUCGUUGAAACUUAGAAUAAAAAAGAGGGUGGAUUUAGCAAGAAAUAAGCAAGGUUUCAUCCAUUGCAGUGGAAACGAACAUCCAGCAGCCAAAUUCAAAAUCGUUGAAACUUAGAAUUAAAAAAGAGGGUAAGUGAUUUUGUUUUUUUUUAUAAGCCAUACAAUAUAUUGAAAUGAUUAAGGAAAUAGUUAAGCAGUCGGAUAACCUAUUAUUAACUAUUAAAAGACUUCACAAAAUAAUUUUUGAUAAAUUUACUCAAAAUGAUGCUAAAGUGUGGUUAAAGCGAUUAAAUGCACACAUUUACAAAUGUAAUAAUUUAAUUAAAGCUAAAAAAUUACCCAUUGGAACUGCUAGAAAACUACAAUCAAACGUAGGACAUUUUAAACAUUUUCGAAGAAUAAUCUUAAAUUUUAAUAGACAUGUUGGUCUAGGACUUAAUUCAAAAUUACGUAAUAGGGUAAAAUGGGAAAAUGUCGCUUCAAGUUUUGCAAGCCGGAUUAAGACAGGGGUUAUAAUAAAUUUAUAUCAUAAGGAUGUAGGACCGUUUUUGAAUGAUGCUUUUACCGUAUUUAAACAAAAAGUUAAAACUCUUUUGAAAUCUAAUAGAGUACUUAAAGUCAACACUACUUUGUGGGGGGAAUUUAUUAAAAAGACAGGUGACAGUGAGAGUUUAGAUUUGAUGCAUUUUAGCACUAAAAAUGUCAUUAUAGAUAGUUAUUCGACCGAUUUACACAUUUGGUUUAGCGAAAAUGUCAAAGAUAAAAUUUUUAAAAAAAUGUCUGAGUUUGCAGAAAAAGAUUCAGGUGCUGCUCUCUCUAAAGUAAUCUCAUUAGAAGUUAACAUUAAUAAAGUUGAAAUUGGGAACGGAUCAUCGUACAUUAAACUUCCUGAGCAAAUUCAAAAGCGUCGAGCAUGUAUAAAUAUCAAAAAUUACGAUCAAAAUUGCUUUUAUUGGGCGAUUAUUAGCUCUCUUUAUCCAGCUAAAAUAAAUACAGAACGUACGUCGACAUAUCCAUAUUACAGUACUGCGUUGAAAACGGAGGACUUGGAAGCUCCAAUGCCUUUAAGUCAUAUUACAAAAUUUGAAAAAAUAAAUAGUAUAUCAGUGAAUGUUUAUGCUUUGGAAUUAAAUCAAAUUAAGGAAAAACAAUUUUACGAAGUAGUACCUGCUAGACUUGCACAAAACAAGCUUGAUAGACAUGUAAAUUUGCUUCUUAUUCAGGAUAAAUAUUUUCCAAAGUUAAAUGAUUACGACGCUCCUCCUAGUGACGAUGAAAAUAUUGAAAUAAAAUAUCAUUAUUGCUGGAUUAAAGAUAUGUCUAGGUUGGUAAGUUCUCAGUUAAGUAAGAACAAAAGUAAAAAAUAUAUUUGUGAUCGCUGCAUGAAUUAUUUUUACAGUGGGAAUAAACUUGCUGAGCAUGAGGAGUUCUGCAGAGACAUAAACAAAUGUAAAAUGACUGUUCCCAAAUACGAUGAUGUUGCUUUUAGAAAUUUCACAUACAAACAAACCACUCCCUUUAUUAUAUAUGCUGAUUUUGAAUGUCAGUUACAUAAUUUUACAGAUUCUAAUGUAAAACUGAGCAAAACAACAAAAUACCAAAAGCAUGUACCUUAUAGUGCAGGAUAUUACUUUAAAUGUGCUUACGAUGACAGCUUAUCAUAUUUUCGAAGCUACAGAGGUGAAAAUUGCAUGGAGUGGUUUGCAAAAGAAAUGGCUGAAAUAUCCAAAUUUGUCAAUUCUAAAAUAAAAUCGAUUGUACCUAUGGUUACAAAGCCUAGUACAAGUGGGGCAACUGCCUGUCAUAUUUGUGAAAAACGCUUUUUAGCUACAGAUAUAAUUGUGGUAGAUCAUGAUCAUUUUACCGGAGAGGUAAGAGGUUUUGCACACCAAGCAUGCAAUUUAAACUUCAGAAAGGUGUUUGUUGUGCCAGUAGCCUUCCAUAAUUUUAGUGGAUAUGACUCACAUUUCAUGAUUAUCGAUUUAUGCAAACAUGGGCACCUGAGCUUACUUCCUAUUAAUAAAGAAAAAUAUAUUUCUUUUACUCUACAUUCAGAUGAGCAUAAAAUUAGACUAAGAUUUAUCGAUACUAUGAGAUUUAUGGGAGCUUCACUCGAUGAAUUAGCAUCACUUUUAGAUACUUCAGAGAAGAAGAUUUUAAAACAAGAAUUUUAUAGUUUAGAUGAUGAUGCAUUUAAUUUAUUAACUUGCAAAGGAGUAUUUUGCUAUGAUUAUGUAGAUAGUUUGGAAAAAUUAGAGGAAACUUCUUUACCUACAAUUAGUCAUUUUUAUAAUAAAUUAUGUGAUGAACAUAUUAGCGAACAGAAGUAUGCUCAUGCGCAGAAAGUUUGGUCUAUAUUUGAAUGUAAAAAUUUGGGAGAGUAUAGCGAUUUGUAUUUAAAAACAGAUAUUUUGCUUCUGGCUGAUGUAUUUGAACAAUUUAGACAAAAAUGUAGGGAUACGUACCAUUUAGAUCCUGCGUGGUAUUAUACCAUACCAGGUUAUACAUGGGACUGUAUGCUUAGGUAUACAAAAUGUAGAUUAGAGUUAUUAAAAGAUGUGGAUAUGAUUUUGUUUAUUGAAAAAGGCAUAAGAGGCGGAAUAUCUGUAUGUAGUAACCGAUUUUCGGAAGCUAACAAUAAGUACAUGUCAACAUAUGACCCCACACAACCCUCUAAGUACAUCAUGUAUUUAGAUGUAAAUAAUCUCUAUGGUUGGGCUAUGAGUGAAUAUUUACCUUUUGGAGGAUUUAAGUGGAUUGAAGAUGUAACCAAAUUUGGUGUAGCAUCUAAAUCCACUAAACUUCCCAAGGGUCAUAUUGAUAUUAUGUCAAUUCCGAAUGCUGCGAAGGAGGGCUAUUUUUUUCAAGUUGACUUAGAGUAUCCACUUGAAUUACACGACAAACAUAAAGAUUUUCCAUUUGCUGCCGAACACCGCAUUCCUCCCGGUUCAAAACUACCAAAAUUAUUGCCAACUCUUUUUAAUAAGUCAAAAUAUAUUAUUCAUUAUAGAAAUUUAAAGCAGGCUUUAUCCAACGGUUUAAUUUUAACUAAAAUACAUAAAGUUUUGAAAUUUAAUCAAUCUGCAUGGCUGCGGCCCUAUAUUGAGUUAAAUACUAACUUACGGGCUGCAUCUAAGAGCAGUUUUGAGAAAAAUCUCUAUAAAAUGAUGAACAAUGCUGUGUUUGGUAAGACCAUGGAGAAUAUAAGGAGGCAUAGAACUGUAAAAAUAUGUAAAAAUUGGAAUGGAAGGUAUGGAGCCAAAAACUUGAUUGCAAGUAUUCGGUUUCACAGUCGUACUAUCUUUAGUGAAAACCUGGUGGCCAUCGAACUAACCAAAUCAGUAGUGUGUUUUAAUAAGCCUCUGUAUAUAGGUGCAGCAAUCCUAGACAUAUCAAAAUUAUGUAUGUAUGAUUUUCAUUACUCCUUCAUGCUUCCAACGAUGGGAGAAGAAAAUUGUAUGUUAUUGUACAUGGAUACAGAUAGCUUCAUCUAUGAAUUACAGUGUUUAGAUGCAUAUAAGGAGGUUUUAAAGGCACACAACUCUAAAUUCGAUACAUCUGACUAUUCGGAAAAUAACCCGUACAUGAUAGAACGGUUAAAUAAAAAAAUCCCCGGUCUAAUGAAGGAUGAAGCUAAUGGAAAAAUUAUUACAAAUUUUAUUGGUCUAAGAUCAAAAAUGUAUACAUUUAAAUUACAAACAACUGAUGAAGAGAGAGAAAAAGAGAGAGAACGUUUAAAACUGAAACUAAACAAGGAACAAAUUGAUUGUGGUAUUCAAAAUUUAGGUAUAACCAAAAAAGCAAAAGGUGUAAAAUAUAAUGUAGUCAAAAAUAUAAUCACAUUUGAAGAUUUUGAAAAUUGUUUAAAAGAAUACAAAAUUAAAAGCACAAACCAAAGGUGUAUUCGGUCAUAUCAACAUUCAGUAUUCAGCAUAGAGCAAACAAAAACGGCCCUAAGUCCUUAUGAUGACAAACGAUAUUUAAUACCAGAAUCCUUUAAGACGCUUCCCUGGGGGCAUUGUGAUAUACCAUAA